AUAGAGGGGUCGAUCAACUGCACAACCCAUUUUGAAUGCAAAGCAGCUAAUUGAAAAUCGAAUUGCUGGGCGUUAAGACCACCAAUCUGCAAAGUUUGUCUAAGUGUGUUUGAAGCAUCCAUUUUGACACUGCGGACAAUGUAAGUGACUGUUACCGGCUGCAUGUCAACAGAGUGUGUCAGAGUCAGCUCCUCUCUCCCCUCGGACCUAGUCGCUGCUUGAAGUUGCUGCACAGAACCCUCCUUCAACUUGGUCCUUUCGCUGACGGUAGCCUGUACGAUACAAAGUGAGAUUCUGAGGAGGAGAUUUGCGUCCCAGGCCAGCUUCACAGGCCGGGAACAGGGGCUUCGCCGUCUGCUCUUGUCGCAAUGGCGACAGCUGCUUCGAGGUGCGCUACCAGCGCAAGCAGAGGUGCAUUGCUGAGUCCCCAGGCGCCAUGCCAACAGAAGCAAUCGACGACUCAACGUCGUGUCAGCAUCAGGUGCAAUGCAGCUCAGGAGAGAGCGCAGAUGGUCAAACCAGGUGGUGUUGCUACUUCCAGAAGGUCGCUGCUGUCUGUAGGAAUAGCACUUCCGUUCUCUGUGCUCGGGGUGGACAAGGCGCUGGCCUUUGUCGAGGAGGAGGGGAUCACAGAGUCUGAGCGCCAGAGGCGGGAGCUGGUACACGCCAUACAGGAGCGGGCCGCUCGGGAGAAGGCCCAACUGGAGGCAGCGGCGGGAGAAGUCAAGGAAGCAGCAGAAGGGGCAGGGGCCCAGGUAGUGCAGUCUGCUGAGGAUGCAGGCACUGCAGUGAAGACGCAAAUUGAGGAAGCGGCUCCCAAGGUGGAAUCAAAGAUCGAAGAAGUGGCUCCCAAGGUGGAAUCAAAGGUCGAAGAAGUGGCUCCCAAGAUCGAAGAAGUGGCUCCCAAGGUGGAAUCAAAGGUCGAAGAAGUGGCUCCCAAGGUGGAAUCAAAGGUCGAAGAAGUGGCUCCCAAGGUGGAAUCAAAGAUCCAAGAAGUGGCUCCCAAGGUGGAAUCAAAGGUUGAAGAAGUGGCUCCCAAGGUGGAGAAAAUUGCGGAGGCGCCUAAAGCAGCAGCAGCAGCACCAGAGAGCGUGCCGGCGCAGGUAGAGAAGGCAGCGGAGGCUGUCACCACCAAGGUGGAGGCGGCAGCAGAGAGCGUGCGCAGCAAAGUAGAGGAGGUGUUGGCAUCCCCUUCUGCAGCAGAAGCGGGUGGCAGCGCGAGCAAGGUGGAGGCUGCCGCGCCAGAGCUGCCAAAGUACGGGCCUGGCUCUGCAGAACGGAUCAGGGAGGCGAACAUCCGAAGGCCAACAAGCGCUGAGAAGUACUCCGGCAAUCCGGACGAUGUGAACCCGUCGGACCCCAUCUACCAGCGGAUGGACUCCUCCAAGAUGCCUGAUCUGCCCUACCUCUUCCCCAAGGAGAACUAUGGCACACCCUGGGUGCCCCCUGCCGACGCCCCCGCCGACAAAAUCAAGCCCUUCUUUGGACCUUGGGAUAUUGGCCCAGCGCCCGAGAAGGAGAUCACGCGGCCGUUUAGAGAGCUGGAGUUUGAGGAGACAUUAUUCCCUCUGGGCAUGGGCCUGUCGGCCAUUGCUACUGCAGUUGGCUUCUGGGUAUGGAAUCUUGGGAAACCGGAAGUCAACUGGGAUCUCCUUCAAGACCCCACUGGCGUUGUGCAACAAAUGAAAGCCGAAAAGGCAGCCUUUGAUGCCGCGGAGGCUGAGCGCAUUGCAAGGGGUGAACCUGAGGAAGAGUCUGCGGUGCCGGAGGAAAAUAAGCACUGAGACCUGUAUUGUCUUGAACAGGUCCUGGUAUAUAGAUGGGUUGGCGUUGGACUUGGAGCCUUUGCAUUGAUCUGGAGCAAUGUUGGAUUGCCUCCAUUAACUAAAUGCUGCACAUUUCGAGCAGCAAUGUUCCCUCUUGAAGUUGCAAGUUCAGAAAUGGAACCGCGCCUCAUUCAACCACUUCCAUUGGGUGCUUGACGUGUUGACAUUGCCUAUCUCUCUCUUUGGAAUCAUGCAGAAGGGUAAAAGUUACCUUGCC